AUGGGGGUCCAAUUCACACACCCACAUCCACAGACGGAGAUCCCCACACUUGUGUGGACACAGCUUUGUAUUGAUCUCGGAACGCCCACAAUCGAUAGUUGGCAGUGUGCCUGUGGUGCGCGCUUAUUCCGUAUAUGUCUGAAUUCGUUUCAGGCGAAGCAGCGUAGCGCCGUUUGCACCUCCAUGGCCGCUCAGUCAGGUGGCGGUCGCUUGUCUGAUGAUGUCUACCGGAAGAUUCACGCAGUUGACCAGGGGACAAGUACGUUAACGCAAGCUGGAGUGCAGGGCCUUAGCGCUAGGAUACUUGACAAGUCGGACAUUCGGUACCCGAACUUACCUGAUGUCUUUACACAGCAGCUGAUUGAAAUCAUUAAGAAACCUGGUCAGUCGUUAGGUCUCUAUCUGAGGGAAGGAAAUGGUAUCGAUAGAAGCCAUGGCGUAUUUGCUAGCCGAUUUGGGGAGAACUCUGAGUUGGAGAAAUAUGGGGAUGUUAUCAGACCUGGUGAUGAGAUUCUUUCUAUCAACAACGUCGAGGUGUCAUCGAUGUCUAUCGAUGACGUUGUGCUAAUACUGAGCAUCCCGCGUCGACUUCUGUUGCGGAUACGGUACUAUUCUUCUUAG